GAACUACCAUGUCGUUGCUCUUCGAUAACACAUAUAGGCCAUCAUGGGCUUGAUGAAUGAUAUGAAAGUGAUCAUUCGAUCACAUAGUAAUACCAAACGUGAUCGCAAGAAUCCCGAUUGUUGGAGUAUACCGAAAGAUAUGCCAAAUUUGACCGGUAAAGUGGUCGUUGUUACAGGUACAACUUCUGGUCUUGGUGAAGGACUUUCUCGUCAUUUGAUCAUGAAAGGAGCAAAAGUAUAUAUGCUGGCAAGAAAUAUAGAAAAAGGCGAACAGUACGCAAAACAGCUUAAUGAGGAAGUAGAAAAGACAGAGGGAAAUAGUGUUCGUGGUGGACAUUCUGUCUUUAUCACAUGUGAUUUUACAGACUUGUCCUCUGUUCGUAAAGCUGCGGAGGAGAUCAAGCAGAGAGAAGAAGCGAUACAUAUCAUCAUUUGCAACGCCGGCAUUCAAACGCAUCACCAAGGGAAGAAUGCUGACGAGUCAAGUAAGAAACACCCUCUGUUUCCAUUAUACCUAACCGUUCAGGAACAUGAGCUGAACUUUGGCGUUGCUGUACUAGGGCAUCAUUUCCUCAUCAAAUUACUGCAGCCGUUACUCCUUGCUGCUGCGAAGCAAUCUGACUCUUCAACCGGCAGUGUGAGAAUCGCGUCAGUGUCUUCGAUGGCACACGAACAAAUGAGAGACAUCUACCGAAAGAACUGGAAUCCAAGCGAUCAAGCAGCUUUGCAAGUUGCCGGACAAGAAUUGUAUGGUCGUAGCAAGUUGGGAAUCAUGCAUCUUGCAUUCGCAUGGGCCGAUGCAUUGAAUGUCCAAUUAAACGAACAAGAAAAGGUGAUCGGAUGUACAGCUUCACCUGGGAUUGUUCAAACGAACUUUUUCAAGAAUAUCCCUGAGAUGCACAUCAAAUUUGUUCAAAUGUUACCCAAAGAAACGUUGGAUGAGGGUUGCGCAACGAUCCUAUUUGGUGCCACGCAGCCUAUCAAUGAACGAAUUGGUUUGGAACAAUUGCAACAUGCUUAUAUUACCCCGAUCGCACGUUUUGCAAAACCACACAAAGCCGCCUUGGAUGCUGAGAAUAUCAAGCGUACUUGGAAGUGGUGUGAAGAGCAAUCAUUGGCAUCCCAUACGAGCUCGCUUACAUAUCAUCUAACGACACAUUUACGAUUAAAUGCAAUUUAUUGGGCCUUGACAGCAUUGCAUCUGUUAGGAUCACCUGAUGCUCUGCCACAACAAGAUGUAAUCGCUUAUGUUUUGGAUUGUUUCGAUCAAAGAGAAGGGGGAUUUGGUGCACACCCUGGACAUGAUUCACAUGUUCUUGCUACUCUAAGUGCUGUUCAGAUCUUGUUUAUGUAUGGCGUCUUGGAUAAAUUGGACGAAGUGGCACCAAACGAUCAAAGUGGACAAAGCCGACGUGAUCGAAUCAUCGCAUUUGUUAUAUCGCUGCAAGAUAAACAGACAGGUGAAUUCGCAGGAGAUUCAGCGAAGCUAGAGUACGACACAAGGUUUCUGUAUUGUGCAAUAAGUACGCUCUGCCUCUUAAGCACAACGACCAAAGGUAUCUCCGAGGAAGAAGGAACAGAGACUGAAGAUGGAAUACGGAUAUACGAACCAUUAACACGAAUCGAUCGCAAAAAGACAAUUGAUGCAAUCCUGGCCUGCUACAAUUUCGACGGAGGAUUCGGACGGAUUGCUGGAUCUGAAUCACAUGCAUCACAAUCAUUCGUUUCGAUUGGCGCUUUGCGUAUUUUAGGCGGAGUGAAUUGUUUAGGACAACAACAAAGAAGGAAACAUGAACGUUGGCUAAGCGAAAGACAACUCCCAAACGGAGGUUUGAACGGAAGACCGCAAAAGCUGGAAGAUGUCUGUUAUUCUUGGUGGGUCCUAUCGGCACUUGCCAUGUUCGGAAAGCUAAAAUGGAUCAAUGGAGACAAAUUGGCAAAAUUCAUCCUAAAUUGUCAAGAUCCCGAUAACGGUGGAAUCUCAGAUAGGCCGGAUAACGUUGCUGAUGUUUUUCAUACGCUCUUUGGAGUAGCUGGACUGGGAAUGCUUGGACCACCACAUUCCAAUGGACUGCAAGAAAUUGAUCCGGUAUAUUGUCUUCCUGUCGCUUCUAUCGAACGAUUUCCUCAUCUAAAACGAUCUUACCAAAGCUUAAUUCAAGGCACAAAUGUAUCAUAGAUCACAUAGUUGUACAUCAAUUCAUAUUACAAUGCUCAUGCUCUGUAUAG